CGAUUGCUGAGCAAGAGAAAGGUGCAAGAAUUGGUUGGCGAGAUUGAUCCAAAUGAAAGAUUGGAAGGUGCUGUUGAAGAUAUGUUGUUGGAAAUUGCCGAUGAGUUCAUCGAAUCAGUCACUCAAGCUGCUUGUAGAUUAGCAAAGCAUCGUAAAGGCGAUCGAUUGGAAGUACGUGAUGUUCAAUUACACUUGGAGCGU